UUAUUGUCCUGAAAAAUAUAAGAUUUUUUUCCUGUAACUUUUCACUCCUGUUGCUCAAAUUAUAGCACUUUUAAUAUGUUGUGUGUGGUGAAUGGUGGUUACUGAAUUAAUAAUAAAAAAAAAUUAUUUUUAUCUCGUGGAUAAUUGUGUUGGGUGCAAUUGAUUUGAAAUAAUAAUUAAAAAAGAUUAGCAAUGAUUUAAGUGAAAAACUGAGAAUGAUUCAAUUAAUCAAUUGUUACUAAUUGGAUGGAGUAGAAGUGAUUCGUUGAUUGUUGUUUUUUUGUUGUUGUUAUUGUUGCUUUUCGUUCAAAAAAAUUUCCGAAAGUGAAUGAACGCGUAGAGUUGAUUAUGGAACCGCCACCAUUUGACGAUCAAAUAUUCGGUGAUUUUUCGGGACCACUCAGUCCACUGGGCCCCAAGCCAUUAACCCAGAGCGGUCACAGCAUACAAGUUAUGCUCGGAAUGUCUCAAUCGUCCACAUCCGAUCUAUGCAAUCAGCGACUGCCCGAAGUUCAUAACCUAUUACCCGGAUCGCCGAAGAUCGACCACUACAAAAAUAUGGAUUAUUCCAACAGUAAAAUCGAUUACGGCAAUAAAAUCGGCUCCUAUUCGCCGACGAAUAAAUACGAUUAUGUGAACGGUAAAUUAGACCAUUAUUCGUCGUCGCCGAAAAUGGAAUACGGCAAACCGAUGGAUUACAAUUCGAACGGCAAAAUGGACUAUUCAUCGUCUCCGAGUAAAAUUGAUUAUGAGCAUAGUAUUACGAUGUUUCAACAGCCGUCGCAGACCAUGGACUCGGUGAAUGCAAUGAAUGGCAAGAAAAAGUCGGACGAAGCUGUGACGCCAACAACAACCACAUCUGGGUCGAUUAGCACCGAUGCAACCAGUACGGGGACCGCUAAGAAAAAUGACAAAAAGAAAGGCGAUCCAAAUGGCGCAAAGAAGAAGAAAACGAGGACGACAUUUACUGCAUACCAAUUGGAAGAACUUGAACGGGCAUUCGAACGCGCCCCAUAUCCAGAUGUCUUUGCUCGUGAAGAAUUGGCACUGAAGCUUAAUCUAAGUGAAGCACGCGUACAAGUUUGGUUCCAGAAUCGCCGGGCGAAAUGGCGAAAACGGGAGCCGCCACGAAAAAACGGUUAUGUUGGCCCGAAUAGUCAAGCAGCCAAUUUAGGCACCGCACUCGGUCCACCAUUUGCCACAUUUUCACAAAAUUCAACCGUCAGCCCGCCGGGAAGUGUAGACAGUUGGACGAGUUAUCAACCGCCGUACGAGUUAAGUUCCCAUUUCAAUUUACUGUCACCGACAGCCAGCCCAUACGGGACAUUUUCGGGCCAAUACAGUCCGUAUGUGCAUGAGAGUCAACUGUUUCCGGUGCGUCAACAUUUCGAAUACGGCAGUCCACCGCGAGGUGCUGGCAAUGGUGAUAUUGAUGACAAAGCCGAACACUAUGCGACGAUCGACGACAAAUUUGACAAUCAUUGCACGGACGGUAUUUACAGAGUUCCGAAUGGGAAAUACUUGGACGAGGCUAAGUACAUGCAUUCGACGGUGGCUGCGUUAGACGAACCGAAAUACAACAGUUGCCACUUGGACGACCAGACCAUCAAACAACAAUACUCGUCGAAUAUAUCCGUUGGUGGCUGUCAUCCGGAUGAGUGCGACAACAAUAUGACGGUUAUCAAAUCGGAAGAUGUGGUCACACAGAGCUAUGUGCUGCCGCCUUUUUUGCAUUAAAGCAUAGACUGUCGUCGGUUAAGGCUGCACAGUCUAAAUCAUUCGGAAAUUUAUUUGAGAGAUGAGAAUAAUGACGACCUAGAAUCAAACGAUUGGGAAGUUGUGCAUAUACAAGUCAGAGACGUUGUGUUGAGGACACGGAGAAUACAGGUGAGAUCAGCGACAGUUUUCAUCAUCAUUUCUCCGAUAAAAUUAGGACGAUAGAUCGUCACAAACAAUGUAAAUUUUGUGCUUUAUUGUGCCUGGAAAAAGCAAUAACAAAAUCCAAAGUCUUGCCAAAUGUUGAAUUAAGUGAAAUUUAGACAAAGUUGUUUUUUAUAUAUAUUAUAUACCAUACACAUCCUAGACUCUCGAUAUAACGAAUUAGGUUUAAGUUUGGAUUUGUGUCGUAAACGGUGAACGUUAUGCAUUCCAUAUGUGCCUUAUACAUUUUUGAAGUGAAAUACGGAGCCAGGGAGCUUGAACUUCGGCUUGAACGCAAUUCAAACUGGGGAAGAUGCUCCAGACGCAGGUGUCACGUGACUCUGUGGGACUGGUGGUUUUAGGUUUUUCGUGUAUUGAUUCUGGUAUCGAAAGUUGUGGAACUAAUUCUUUUUUGAGUCCGGUAUGCGGCAAGACCUGGGGAUUCAAGAGUUGCCAAAGAUGUCGGAACUUUUUUUGACAGUUGGUAAGAUUUGUACUGCUAAAAGCACCUACACCUACACAUUAAAACACGUAAAAAGGACAUCAGCUAAAAAUGGUGACAAAGUCUUAACUUUCAAUCCCAGAAUCAAUUCAAAAUGAUCUUAAGAGCAAUGGACCCUUAACAAAUUCGUAGCCUAGAUUUAGUCGGACAAAUAUUCGUUUUUUCAUGAUUUCUCUGAACCAAAAUCUUUUUUUUUUAAAAGUAAAACGAACCAUUAAAGCACCCAAAAAUGUGUUACUUUUAAAGGAAAAAUUGGUUUGUGAGUUAUAACCUAACCUAGUUGGAGAAACCUGCGCAGAUUACAUACGUUUACACAAUCUGUAAAGGUUUCUCUAAGUGGCAUAACAAGUGGGCCUUUAUGGUCUUACUUUUUCAAAAAACGAUUUUGGUUCAGAGAAAUCAUAAAAAAAUGAAUAUUUUUUCGCCUAAUUGUAGGC